GGCAGUUGAACCCCGGGGCAGAGUGGAAGGGACGAUCGAAUUCGGUUUCCAAAAUACUACUGUAACAUCGCCACCGUGAAUCCAAGAUGUCUUUGUCCGAGAGAGCCAAUUCAGCGCCGAAAUCGCCGAGGCCGGAGCAGGCAUUGGACACGAGAGGUGACGUUAGCUCGCAGGCGGUUGGAGAGAACAGAAAGACACAGCGUCCUCCUGUCAGCAACCACGUGAUCCCAGAUGAGCUGCUGGUCGGCCUUCCCUCCACUGUGAGCAGCAGGAGCACACCGGGGCCCACUGCACACCACCGGCCCCAAAAGGUGUUUGGAUUCAGACGGCCAGAUGCAGUCUGGCAUCACCACCUCAGACGCGAGAAAUACAAAUUCUUCCUGGAGCAGCCGACGUCCCUGACUGGAGCAGGCAGGGAUAUUUCCUUUCUGUGUGAUGCUACGGUAACCAAGAGGACAACGACCCCCCUACCACCACUGACUGACAGAAGUGGGUUUGAACACACAGAGAACUUGAGUGUCUCAGAAAGUCUGAUCCCAGAAGAAUAUCACAUUGUGAAAAACAAAGGGCUGCGGACCCUUGAGUUCUACGAGGAUGCGUUCACAGUGCAGUUGCGGGACGAUGAACAGAAGCUACGGGUCUUUCCUUCACUGAGGCCCAGUGGCAGACUGGAAGUGAUCCAGCUGAUGAGAAUGAUGGAUGACAUGCUGGAGAAGGCCGGAGUGGAUCAGCAGUUUGAGGAGCUGACAGAGAUCUCCCAGAUGGAGGCCCUGCUGGAGCUUGUGAAGGUGGAGCAGAACAUCUACAACGUUGUUUUCCAUGAAGUGAUUCGGCAGGUCAGCGUGGGCUGUGCUGAGAGAGGACAGCUUCUUGCCAAACUCAGACAGCGCUACCAGUCCCUGCUGGAGCGAAUCCCCUGCCGACUGAAGGCUCUGCACACUGAGGCAGUGGCACAGCGAGCUGUGGACCGCCGGCUCACCGAGGAGAUCCACCGCAUCAAGACGUCCAUCCAGAAGCUCAACAUGGAGCUGUCCAGAAUCAGAGACCAUGAUGCAUCUGUUUCCCAGCAGGUGGAGCGUGCUCACAGACAGCUGGCCGGGGCACUCGAGCAGUCUCAAACCAACUCCGACGUGGUACAGGGUUAUCAUGAAUUUUAUGAGCUGCAGAGGGGGCGCCAUGAGGCUCAGCUGCUCCAGAUGACUGAGGAGAGAGACUCCUUGAGACAGUUGACGUUGGACUUUGCCCUCAAGGUGAUCUGGGUAAAGAAGCUGAGGCUGAUCAGCCAGCUUCAUAUAGUUGCGCAGAGCUGGUUCAAUACAGCUGUGCAUUGCAGGCUUUACCUCUCUUCGAAGGACACGGAGGAUCUGACUAUCCUCACGGAACUUACUAAACAAUGGGAAGAGCAGCUGACUGCUUUUAUGGCCAAUUUCAAGAACAUUGAGCAUGCUCAGUGUGAACAGAUCAGUGUGAUCCAGCAAGGUAUCGCCAAGUGGCUCACCCUCUGCACCACGCAGAACAACUGUUCUGAAUCAAAACACGCUUCUUUGGAAAGGUGCUUUGCUGAUAUGAAGGACUGGUCAAGUACCCUUGCCCUUCAGUGUGACAGCUGUCAGGGUGAGAAGCUGCUUCUCUGCCAGUCGACACUCAGCAAGAUCGACUGUGUCCAGGAGAGAUGUUUGGAUAUGAGCCUUGAGCUGUUCAGAAGACACGCUUCUCCUGAUGGCGCACCCCGCAGAUGCCAAAAGGAGCUGAGAGAGCUCGACAAGGUCCUACCUGAGCUCCUGAAACAGCUGGAAGCCCAAGUCACUGGAUAUACCGCGAUCCACGAACAGAUCAUGUCACUACUCGGCUUGAUGGAGUCUGAAGUUACCAAAUUUAGUGAAGAGGUGGCUCAACCAGGAAUGAUUACAGUUUCUGACUGGCUGAAUCUGGAGAAGGCACUGCAAAACUGGAAGAGUUUGGCUGAAGAAGUCAUCAAGAAUGUGGACACAAAUAAGCCAGACAUAUUCACAGUGACAGAGAAGGCAUUAGAAAGAGUGCAGGAAUUCAUAACCAGCCUGUCCACCUUCACUGAUGGGGAGCAACACAGACUCAUCGAGGAGGUCAGUUCUAUUCACAUGGCACAGACCCGUUGGAUGUUAGAUCUGUUGUUCCUCACGCUACCCGAUUAUAGUGAAGACCAGGACCAAGAACAGGAACACCGCUGCGUUACAAACAUCUCACUACAGACGCUCGAUAAGGAUGCCAAGACACUGAAUGAGAAACUGAACCUUAUUUCCAUGUACAUCAGCAGCUCUUGCAUACGGAUUCUGGAGGAGCAGAGGCUGAAACCCUAUGAGGUCGAGAGUGAAGAUGAGAUGAAUGAGUGCAGAAAGCUGCAGAAGGAGUGCACUGAUUGGGUGGAGACCAGUAUAAUCCUGCUCACAAGAGCGACAGGUGGUGUUAUAGAGGUGCCUGUCCCACAGGCUGACCCCGCCUCCAGCGUUGAUGUACCGGUCUGUCCAGCAGACAGCAUGGAGACUCUGGUGAACAGAGAGGUUCCAGCUGAGCUGAAAGCAGAGGUCAAAGAUGAGAUCAUGGCAGAAACGAGCGAGGGGGAGCUUACAGUUUACGAGGCCCCUGUGUUGAAGCUAAUAGGCUAUGAUGGAAACAUUACAGAAAGAAAGCUGGGAGAGAGCCGUGUCCAAAUCAAAGGGACUGAGCAGCUGGUUGUGUCUCCAGCAACAGAUGAAGCCCGGAGAGCUUUUAGUGAUCUGACCACAGUAGUAUUUCUGCAGCAGGAACUGCAUUAUGCCGAACUGCGUGUCCAGUGUACCGAGCAGCGAGCCUUCAAGGCCGAGGAAGCUCUGCAAGUAGCCUUGGAGAAGAUUCAGGACCUGGAGAGACAACUGCAAGGUCGACCCAGUCUGGAGCCCGAAAGUAAUGAAGAGAAAAAGACAACAACGCCUCUCUCCCCGCUACCAGAAACCACUCCAGCUCCUCCAAAGAAGACCGCAGCGGCAAGCGACAGAAUCAACACCUGCUUGAAUCUUCUGUCCAAUCUUCCUCCUGUUCAGCAGGAUGUGGCUGAAUGUGUGUUGGGCGAGUACGUCUCUGACCACUGCUUGGACCAGAGUCUGCAUCACUGUGGUCAGACUGGACAGAGCUGCGCUGCACAAAAUCACAUUCUCUAUCUGAACCAGAUGGAAAGAGGGAGGACGAGGAGAACCAGAGCCAAGACGAAGACCAUCAGCAGCCACUCAAACACUCCCAGCCUCUCCUUCCUCGGUGAUGAUGUCCUGGGGACCCGGCCAGCCUUGGAUGGCCUUGGUCUGUCACUUCUGGGAGGCGCAGAGGCUCCGCUUUCCCUCUCCCUCUCCCUUGCUAUGCUGGAUCUCGACAGGAGACCGGGGUGGAUGUCGGAGGACGUCUCCAUUCUCGCCGGAGGCUCUGCAGUGUAGAGCAUGUAGGUGGGAUGGCUGUUGGGGUGGUCCAGCUGGACGGGUUAGUGGAUGGUUUGUUUUUGGGGGGAAAGUAGAGAGAAAUAUUUUCUAUUUCAUGGUUUGCUUCCUCUGGCUGGAGGUCCGUGUAGUCAGUGCAGCUGCCAUGCACUGUGGUAGCCACAGACUACAUAGAUGGUAAAUUAGUCUGGACUAGGGAGUAGGACAGCAGUGGGAGUGACGCACACCACCUUGAUAUUCAAUAGGAUUUGUGUUGUCAAAGCAGCAAAUCAAACAAUAAGUAAAUAAUAAUGUAGGAAAAAGUCAAAAUACGGUAAAAUUACAAGUUCUCGUGUAGGUCAUCUUCCAAUCUCCAGGCAAAUAUCUUCAUUUUUUCUCCCAGAUUCAGAAAGACCAUAUUAGAGAUAAACUAAGAAUACCCAGGGAUUGUUAGAUGUUUAUUUCAGUUAUAUUCAGUAAAAUUUGUUAGCAUUAUAAUUUGCUCAUUUUCAUGAAUAAGCUAUCACAAGGGAGUAAAAACCCAAAUGUUUACUUUCUGUCACAGAAAUAUUAAAGUGUAAAAUAUAAGUUAUCUUCUAUGCCAUUGCAUCAUGCACAGAAGUUUCUACUUGAAUGAAUAACAUGUACAAUAUGAACAGACAUACUAAUUGCAUUAAACUUCUAUAUCUUUGUUUCACUGGG